UGUCUGUAGCACCUAGAGCAGGGUUUCCAUAGUCUUGGAAAUCCUGGAAAAGUCAAUUUUAAAAUCCCAUUUUCCAGGACUGGAGAAAUCAUGAAAUUCAUCGAAAGUUUUGGAAAUGUCAUAAAAUUAGAUUUUGUCGUAUGCACGUCUAAUGAAAUUAAUUAUGUUAUUGUGCUCUUCCAUAUAAUGUUUCGUGGUGUUAAUUACUGCAGCAUGGUUUCCAUUCCAAUAUGGUUUCCAUUUUAAUUAACCUUGCCUAUUAGGUCGUUGGGUAAUGUCCAUGCUAUAUAUAAUUAUAUGUGGAGUAAAGUAUGCAAUCUUGGGUACUUAUAGGUGAAAAGGUCCUUGAAAAGUCCUGGAAAAGUUUUGAAAUGUUGUCAGUGACAAAACAUCUCAUUUUGAUUAGGCCUCUUCACUUCCACAUGAAAACAAUGCGCCGUCUUGAAACUAAAUUGGAAUCUGGUUGCCUAAUCUAAUCUAGUUUUAUAUUAUGGUAAUUUAUGAAUGUAACGUAAACCUGUAUGCAUAUCCCUAAAAGUAGUGCCUGCUCUUAGAAGUCCUUUUGGCUUACAUUAAAAUGGCAUUCUAGCAAUUAACCUUUAUUUUGAUGUUUUCCCGCACGGAGUCCUGAUUAGACCAAUACACCUAAUUUGCAAUGUUAGGUUGAUGACGCCCUAAAGCUGUGCCUAUUAUGGCAGAUCUUGGCAUGUGGCACCACCUAUGAAAAAACCUCAGGUUUAUUUAACACCCACACUCAGUAUACCUACUUGCAAUGCGGAAGAUUGAUAUUGUAUAUGUUUUAAAAUAUAUAUGAUUUUAUGCGCUACAAACAAAAACAAAUCCGUUGUGAUGUUCCAACCCUUACGAUUUUAAACAUUUUAAUCGAUUUCUUAGUGCAAUGUACUGGUUUACCUCAUGAACGGAAAUAGAAAAAAGUGAAUUAAUACAUGAAAACAUCGCUUUUGCUAUCGGAUAUUGUGUCUAUUUUUAGAAGACGAAGCAUUUUUGCCCAAACUUUCAAUGAGUUUUAUGUGGCACUCCAUUGCUUUCGGACUUCAACUGCUCGACAUUCUCCCUAAACUAAGGGAAAAGGAGGAUGAAGACCUGAUCAUUCAGUGUGAAUCAUUCGAGGAGGCCAUGGCUGAGGACGAGGAGGAGCUGCAAAGAGUCUAUGGAGGCAUAGACAUGAGCUCUCACCAAGAAGUAUUUACCACUCUCUUCAACAAAGUUAGUAUCUCUCCGUCGGCCCAGCAGCUGCUCUCAAUGCUGCAGUCUCUGCUAAUGCUGGGUCCUGACCGCGUGGACAUCUGGCAGGCGCUGGAGGCCAUCACAAACCGCGCCGCCAUGCUGGCUCAAGACUCUCAGAUGGACUUCUGGGAGAAUAUCAUGCAGCGACUGGUUUUCUCCAAGGGUCAACCUGCCAGCUGUCACACAGUGGAUGGCCCCCCUCCCAAGAGGCUGGACAAAGCGGUUCAGACGGAGCUGGUGGACUGGGAGCAGCUACUGUCAUGCAAGGGUCCCACGACUGGCACAAGGCCUCCAUCUCCAUCAUCAUCCAGCUCCUCCACACCAGCAGCUCCUCCUCCACCACCUCCUCCCCCACCACCUCCUCUGCCCCCCAGCAUGGGAUGCCCACCCGCACCACCCCCACCUCCUCCCCUCCCCCCAACAGGAGGUCCAUCAGGGCCACCUCCUCCACCUCCUCUACCAGGGAUGGGUCCUUGUGGUCCCCCACCCCCUCCACCUUUACCAGGGAUGGGCUUUGGAGGUCCUCCACCUCCACCUCCCUUGCCAGGGAUGCCUGGUCCCCCUGCCCCACCUCCACCCCCUGGUAUGGGGGACCUAGUGGUGGCCCACACUAUCCAGUCUCUGGGAUGUGCACCCGGCAUGGCUAUAAAGGCUAGUCGCUACCCUACCCUGCGGAUGAAGAAGCUGAACUGGCAGAAGCUCAACUCCAGAGCAGUCACGGACGGUAAGUCCCUGUGGACGUCGGUGCAGACGGAGGCCCCGCGGGAGCCUGACUACUCCAGCAUCGAGCAGCUCUUCUGUCUGCCUGUGGCCCAGUCCAAAGACAAGACGGUGGCCGCCCCCACCAGGAAAGAGACCAAAGAGAUAUCCUUCAUUGAUGCAAAGAAAAAUCUGAAUUUGAACAUCUUCUUAAAACAAUUCAAAUGUUCCUUUGAUGAAUUUGUGGCGCUGAUUCAAAAUGGUGAUCGGUCCAAGUUUGAUGUGGAGAUACUAAAACAGCUCCUGAAGCUGAUGCCAGAGAAACACGAGAUUGAUAAUCUGAAGUCCUUCCAGGGGGAGACAGACAAACUGGCUAAUGUUGACCGAUUUUAUCUCCUGCUUCUGGCGGUUCCAUGCUACCAGCUGCGGAUAGAGUGCAUGUUGUUGUGUGAGGAGACUGCCUCCGUGUUGGAUAUGUUGAAUCCCAAAGCUGGUCUGGUUGAGGCGGCGUGUGACAGUCUGAGGACAAGCACACUGUUGCCCAAAUUCUGCAAGUUAAUCCUGGAAAUUGGGAACUUCCUCAAUUACGGAAGCCACACAGGCAACGCGGAGGGUUUCAAGAUCUGUUCUCUGCUGAAGCUCACCGAGACCAAGGCCAACAAGAGCCGGAUCACCCUGCUUCAUCACAUCCUGGAGAAGGCAGAGCUGGAUCACCCUGAGCUGCUUAACCUUGCCAACGAGAUUGAGACUUGUGAGAAAGCGGCAGGAGUCAACCUGGACUCCAUUCAGGCAGAGGCAAGUGCCCUGCUCAAGCGCCUGACCGGUACAGCAAAUAAGAUCUCAUCAGUGGAUGAUGUGAAGGAGCAGUUCCAGAGUGUCAUGGAGGAAAAUGUAAAAGCAUGCAAGGCCCUGGAGGACCGCUUUGCUGAAAUCGAGAGAAAGAAGGCUGAUCUGGCGCUGUACUUGUGCGAAGACCCAUCAAAGCUCUCUUUGGAGGAGCUCUUCAGCAACAUCAAGACAUUCAGGGGGUUCUUCAUCAAGGCCUUAAAGGAGAACAAGACCUGGAAGGAGCUGGCUUUCAAGGCCGAGAAGCGCAAGAAGCAGCUGGCCGAGGAGGAGUCCAAGAGACAGAAGGGAGAGAACGGAAAGAUCAUCCGCAGGAGUGUUGUGAAGCAGGAUGACGGCUGUAUUAUCGACCACCUCCUGGCAGACAUUCGCAAAGGCUUCCAGUUGAGGAAGACUCGUCCCAGGUGCGAAACAGACAGUGCGCCCUCUAGUGAAACACGUAGGGAUAACGACCAACCUGAAAACGGCGAAACAGAACCCUUACAGGAUCCCCUUACCUCGCCACCAGCAGUAACAUCCUUAGGAGAAACUCCUGGCCCACACCACAGAAGCGAAGGAGGUUCAACUCCCACUUAUGACACCUCCCAGCAAGAGACACAAGAAGAUAAAGGAGGAGAAUUCCAACCAGGCCUCUCGCCUGACACGUCAUUCACGCAGAACAUUCCAGAAACGCAUAUACUCCCCAGGCCCUCUUCAGCCACCGUAGCUAUAAAUGGAGAUGUUAGUGGAGCCGAACACAAUCAGAACGGUAACAACAGCCAGGAUAUUCACGAACAGGAUGAUCAUCCCUGCUCAUCUGCGCAGGAUCUAAUCCAGAAUGGCAACAAUGGGUUUACAGGUGAGGAGAGGAACCAUCACCCCUUCAUUAGACAGAAGGCUAUCCAGAAAUCUGACAGCAGCCAGGUUACAGAUGAAGAGAGCGUUAGUCCAUCGUGCCCAGCUAAGCAGGAUGUUACGCAGGAAGGAAACAGCAGCCAGGUUACAGAUGAAGUCCAUCCUGGUCCAUCCUGCCCAGCUAAGCAGGAUGCUACACAGGAAGGCAAGAGCAGCCAGGCUAUAGAGAAGGAGAAGGAGAAGGAUCAUCACUCAACCCCACCUCAGCAGGAUCCAGUUCAGAACGGCAGCAGCGGUAGCCAAGUGACAGACGAGGAACAGGGGGAGGCAGACAGCACGUCUCCACAGACGAGCCAUGCUGGAGAAGCUGCUUGCUUAGUCACUGAGCCCAUAAACACAACCUGCCAUGUGGGCACGAAUGCAGAAGGAGACACUGAGGACAGACUGGGCAUGCCCACCAAAGACCUUCCUUGCCACCAAGAGAAGGCAUGUCCGAGCAAUGGCCAAGGAAUGGUCAAUGGAAGCGAACCGGUUAACACUGAAAGUGAGAGUGAAAAGGGCUUUGAUGUUCCUGACGGGUUGGCUGGUGCACAAGAAGUUGCCCCAUCACCGCUCUCUGAGCCCCUUGUACCCAAACCCGUGCCCGAACCCGUGCCACUGGAACCGCUGCCGCAGUCUGCUGCUGCCCCCCCUAAUCCCCAUCCUAAAAAACACAAGUUCUUCCGAAGGAACAAAAGAAGUGGUCAAGAAGACCUAGUCAAAGGGAAAGGACACACUAAAAAUAAAAAAGGGUGUGUUUUGCAGUGAGGUGUGUCAAAGAGAAAACGAGUGAAGGGGAAAAGGAAAAGCUGAGCUUCUCGUUUCGCUGGUGUCCAAUCAGCGCUCAUCAGAGGCUGGUUUCGUGGACUGCAGUUGACCUUGACUGCAGUGAACCUGCUCACUUUGAAAGAAAAUAUUAUUUUUUUGUAUGUUGCGUUGUAAAUUAAUUAUUUUUUACGUGUUGCAGUAUAUUUGUGUUUGUUUUAUGUAUUAUGUUAAUGCGAAAUAACAGUAUUGUACAUUGAAUGUGAAGUCAUUCCAGAGAGCCAGAAAUAAAAGGGUUAACUAGCCGAUAUGAGAGUGAUUUGGGAAAGCGUUAAAAAAAAUGACUUUGUUAUCCUGCAUCUAUUUCCCCCCUUUUUAUUUAGAAUUAAGAUAUACGUGGUUUUCAAUAUUUAUAUAUUUAUUAAAUAUUGAAUGGAAUCUGAUCUUGGAAAAGUAUAUCCAUUUAGUAAUAAACAAAUGCAUAUCUGUAUUCAAAUAAAGAAGACCUCAGAUAA